CCUAGACCUUGACAGUGCACUCAGUAACAGGAUGAUUUUGUUGCGAAGCCUGUAAGCUCAAGAGCUGAGCUAAGGAAACCCAAAACAGCUACUACAGGCGAAGCUGACAGCAAUGGCCCGCCCUCAGCUGUAUCUACCAGAACGCUUCAAGGUUGCCUGUGGGAAAGUUGGCCAGUGUCGAAGAUUCCAGCAACUGAAAAAGAAAAAUGGCUCAUUCAAAAGGAAAGGAAUGGAAAGAUGGCAUAGAGCUGUGUCUACCAACUUAGUGAAACAAAAUGUAUUGGUCCCCAAAGAGGAAUCAUCCAGUGAUAGUGACAUGGGAUUUCAUGAAAGCCAGCAAAAUCAGAAAAAAAAAUUGAUGAAGAAAAUGAAGACUGCUUUUGGGAGGAUGCUGUCAUACAAACACAGAAACAAGCCAGCAACUGCCAGCAAAGAGGGCUGCACGAAUCAGAAAGAAGCCCUCCUCUCAAAUACGCAGAGUCUUCUUCCUAGAAUCAUCAAGGAGCUUCCAUCUCCCAAGUUAUUUACCAAACCAAAAAUGAGAAAGCUCACAGAGAAUGCAACUAUACAACUUGAUGUUGUAGAAGCAGAGACAGAGGAGAUAACCCAAGGAAACACACUCCUCCGGGCCAGGAGAACCACCAAGCGGUUAUCUGUGACAUCUCUUCCUUCAGGACUGCAAAAGGUAAAACACUAA